CUCCAAUCACUGUUCUUUCUUCGACCGAUUACCCUUUCAAGUCACCUGAUCCGCCAUCAUACUUUGAAGCAAACUAUGUCUCCAAACGGUCAUCCCGACCUUUUUGCCACCUUACCAUCGCCAAUAUUAGCAAUGGUCCUUGAGCAGCUGGAGGAUCUGGCCUCUUUGCACAGUGCAUAUCGCGCAUCGCCAGCCAUCUUUUCCCUGUUGCACGAAGAUGGCACUGCCCGUCGAGUUGUCGAGGCAGUCAUGGAGCUCAGCGUGCCGGAGGAAACUCAUAUCCUGAUUCGCAAAUUUGCCCGUCUACGAUACGACCGUGCAGUGGCAGGGGUGAAUGACUUUAUACACAGAUAUAUAAAAAACACCACCGAAUACACCCAACUACCCCGGGACAUCCCAGUGUCAGCUUUAUGCGAUAUUUUAACCGCAUCAUCGACUGUCCGCUACCUCGCUCAUGCUGGUAUGCAUGAGAUGAUUGACCGAUGCAUGGCAUUGGAGAUGUAUCAAAUGGAAAAUCCCAAGCUGAAAUAUAUCCGGAAUGCUCAUCGGACACCCGCACUGUGCAAUUCUGAGUACUUCCCCGUGCCAAAGCCACCGCGGGUGCGAUACCAACAAGAGGAUGCUGGACCCCCAUCACCUGCGGAAGAACAAAUAGCCAUGCGCGCCAUCUGGCAGCUUUUCCUCAUCUGGGAGCUGCGCAGUGGUGUGGUGAAGAGUCAGUGGAUGUGGCCCGCUAGCGAAGUAUCCAAAUUGCAGGAUCUGCACUUCGACGAGAUUUGGCAGCACUCCUUGUUCAACAGUGUCAUUGAACAAUCGCGGACAAUGGCCGAUUGUCGCUGCAUGUUUCCAGCCUUGCCGUCUUCCGUGGAAAGAUAUCGCGCUGCCAAGUCCCUUGCCUGCACUGCACAGUGGCGUCUUUCCUGCAACUGCGCUCCUCGAUCAGCUUCCCAAAUCAAGCGCAUUGACUCUAUGAACUGUACUUCAGCUUAUUCCUUUGUCCUCGUGGUAUUGUCCGCAUGGUAUACAUCCCCAUGUCGAUAUGUGGAGUUUCGCUCUUUCCGCCGGUUUGGUUUUGCAAUUUGGGACCAUCAACGAAUGGAAGCAUUUGGUCUUCUGUACCCAGACCGUGGGGCGCCCCCGACUUCUCAAAGUCCCAGGUCAGAGGCCGACCAAUAUGUCCGGUGGGAAAGUAUUUUGAGUGAAGAGGAUCUGCAGGAUAUCGAACGCAAACGGAGACACUUUUGGCCAGGGAGAGAGAUGGUUCAUGUGGAGUCCCGCCAUUCCAUCGACCUGAAUUAUGAGCUACCUUGACCUACAGAGAAAUAUAUCGAGUCAUUAUAGAGUCCUUCAUAGUCCCCCCUCAUACAUCCAUAGCGGUGGUCUGAUACAUCUAGCCCCUUGUGCUUCAUGCCCUUCACAUGGCUCGUGGAGUCUCAUGCGCAUACUCACUUACCACCCUCUGGAGUCUUUACGGUCUGAAUUGGCGACAAUCAAAUUUUAAU